UCCGCGCUGCCCUGCUAAGUGUUCACUUCGUGUAGUCAUGGUUGUGUGCUGAAAACGAGAUCGCAACAAUAUGACGGUAACGCUCCUAGUCACCAUCGUCACCCUCCUAACAGGAGCGCUUGGCCUGAAAAACGUUUCACUUGUUAUUCUACCUCAAGCAGUGGAACGAGGCCUAGAAGCAACUUUGUUGUGCCAGUACGACUUAGAAGGAGAACCAUUGUACGCGGUCAAGUGGUACAGGGGGGUUCGGGAAUUUUACAGGUAUUCGCCCAACGACAACCCCCCGUCAAAGAUUUUCCCCUACGACGGCAUCAACGUCGACGUGUCAAUGUCGAAUGCUAGCCAAGUCGUACUCAGCAAAGUCGGAUUCAACCUUUCCGGCAACCUCAGCUGCGAAGUAACCACGGAUUCACCUUUUUUCAAAACAGCGAUGGUGUCAAACGAGCUCAUGGUCAUCGAACUACCAAAACGACCCCCGUCCAUUUUAACAGAAAAAGAAAGGUACGACGUUGGAGACAUGAUGAGGGGUAAUUGUACGUCAUCCCCUUCAAAACCGCCAGCGAUUUUGAACGUCUACAUAAAUAACAUCGCAGUCAGUCAAACCACCACGCGGUACUACAACUCAGGCAACGGCCUCCAGUACUCUGUUCUUAACCUGCAGGUGAGGAUCGAACCGGCACACAUGGGUACAAAUGGCCAAUUAAACAUCAGGUGUACGGCACUUGUCGCUACCCAGUAUUCAAAAGCAGCAGAUCUCGUCCUCGGUCCCAGGACAUCCGAGCCAGUUCCGGAAAGAGUUACUUCCCCCAGCGAGAGUACGAGGAUGCUCCCGUGCCAACUUAUACUCAUGGUGCUAACACCAUUUCUUCUGAGGUAGUACAGCAGUCCUCGUUGAAGUAAUACUCCGCCUGUUAUUUUCCGGUUCAGUUGUGCACACAGUAUGUGUUAUUAGACAGGAUGGCGAAAUUGUUUGCAAGUGCCAGACGGAAGCAGGGUAUCCCUGCUGAAGCCGGUCAUACCUUGGGAUAUGACUGGAAACAUUGUUAAGAAACCGUACAUGUAAUUUUUGUAUAGUCCUGUAUUUUAUACUAUAAUGUACUAGAGCAAGUUGUACAUAUUGCUGUAUGUAGUUCAUAUAGCUCUUGUUCCUUUUAUCGUCCCGUCAGGCGGGCAACUCCGGUGGAAAAUCUAUAGGGAUGAAAAAAUUAGAAUUUAUUGAACCAUGUAUAAAAUUUAGGACCCGACGGUGAUUAGGACUGACGCCGCCGUCAAACUGAUCGUCGCCAUUUUGGUGCCCAGUUGUGGAUAAAUCAUUUUAGCUAAAUGGCUAGUCAUUAAAAUUUUACCAAAUGUUUUAUACCCACUUUUGCAUUUAUUUUACAUUAAGGCUUAACACAUAAACCCACAUAAUUGUUUAACUUUUGU